AUGGAGGCUUGCCGGCAGAUCGCGCGCGUCCGACCCGAGUGGGCCGCCGAGUGCGAGGGCCUCCUCUCUGCGUACAUGGCACAGUGCGGCAGACGCCUCUCGGCGGCGGAGCAGGACGAGUUUGUCGUCGACCAGUUCCUCUAUGCAGACGUGCGCCUCUCAUGCGAGCCGUGCCUGCCGCCGAACGUCUGCGCCCUCAAUGGCGUCUCACUCGCGGGUCGAUUCUUCUUGCAGGUCGUCGACGUGGCCAACGUUGGCGCUGGACAGGAGCAGCGCCUUGAAGACACACCCAAUCGGCUUCUCAAGAUGUGCUUGACCGAUGGCGCCCAAAUGAUCUAUGGCAUCGAACAUGCGCCAUUGCGGAGCUUGAGCACGAAAACACCCUCCGGCACCAAGGUGAUCGUCCAGAACGCAGACGUGCGCCAUGGUCUGCUCAUGCUGCGGUCGAUUGACGUCCUUGGGCAGAGCUUCAACCCGACGUUAGAGCAGCCACUUGAAGGUGCAGAUCCAACAAGCGCUGCUAUCGUCCCCGCGGUAUCGCCAUCGAACCACUCUCGCCCGCCCGCCGCGGCCCCACGUGCGCCAGCACCAACGAGAGCAAACUUCUCUUCUGCCCCCAUGCAACCACCUGCCCCUAUGCAGCCUCCUGCCCGUAUGCAACCUCCUGCCCCUGCGCUCCACGCACCACCACCCACCCGAGCUCCGGCGACAUCGAUCCCUGCGCCAGGAACGCACGUCGUGCCACCGGUCCGCGCGCCGUCGCCAGAGCCCAUUGACGUCGAUCUCUCGGACGAAGAGCGAACGACGGACCCGGCAAUUCGACACCUCUUUUACGGACCGUCGACCAGCAUGCCGCCCCGCCAACGCCCUCCCGUUGGGCCUCAUGUCCUCGCGCCGCCCGUUCCGGCGCGGUCCGACCCAUACCUUCCGUUCACGUACCUCUCGAGCAUUGAAGCGCAGAUCGCGGCGGCGACUUCCCCCGUCACGUUUUAUCUGAGAGCAUUCGUCAAGUCAGUGGCAGCCUUUGCGUACGCGAGCGGCUACGACCUCAAGGUCUACGUUGAAGACGGCACGCGUACGCUUCUCGUGGCGGUGGCCCCCGCGUUUGUCGAGCAGCUCAUGGGGGUGUCGUGCGCUGAGUUCAAGCACGCCAUGACCGUCGACUUGCCAAAGGGCGCUGCGUGGGUCCAGAACAUGCAGCUGCGACUGCAAUCACUCGAAGGCAUCAUGAGUGUUCGGUUUCGGCCCGGCAGCAUGCCGCAGGUAGAGACGUGCCAAGACUACAGUGCGGUGGCGGCGCACGCAUUGCGGGCUCGGGUAGCGUCAUUACAAGCUCGAUAA